UAGUUUUUGUUUUCGUGGUUUUUGAGAUGUUUUCAUAGUUUUUUUGUUUUUAAUGUUCUAAGUGUUCAUAGUUUAUUGAGUUCAUAGUAUAUUAAAAUAAUUUUAGGUUCAAGCAAUGUCAAACUCAGCUCACGUUGUAGAUGGUGAGGCAUCAGAGUCGGACACUGAAAUAGAAAUAGGUAUAUCACCCGACUCAAACCUAUCACCCAAUACUGAAACAUUUGUAAUUGCAGGAGAAGCACCUGAAUCAGAUGAGGGUGGGUUUACUUUUACAACUUUACCUUUGAUAGCUCUUAGAAACCAAGGCGAAAUUACUGUUCAUCUACCAUCUAACUUGGACGCCCCCCUGAAUUUGGCUAUGAAUCAACCAAGCCCCUCCAAAAUAUAUACGUCAUUGCUUCAUCAGAAGUUAUGGGAAUGCAAUGUGUCAUUACGUGCAAGCAUAGAAGGGCUAUUCAAACAUACCACUGAUAUAUCUGCUGAGAAGUUAUCUAGGGCUGAUAAAGCUUUAUUGAAUGUGCAGGAGUCCAUGAGAGCCACGAACGCUAAUUUGAUAUUAGCACGAGCUAGACUUAAACAAUUAGAAGUGCAAUUACAAGAACUAAAUUGUGGCAGCGCCUUACCCACUGUUAAAAUUAAGACUUAGUAUAAACUUGCCUUUAGAUAUGAUGUAAUGUCCGUUGAGAACAAUGAAAGUAAUAAUAUAUAAUUAAAUCGUUUUGUUAGUUUGUUAAAACAGAAGAGUAAUGAUUGUUAAUGUAAUAUUGUAAGUUUAAUAAAAAUUAAUAUAGUCAAUAAUUGUGUUAUAAUUAUGUUAGGUACAAUUAACAGCACGUCAGACUAUACGAAACUGUCAAAUUUCCCCACUCGGUUUUAAACCUCUACCUACCUCCUACUCUACCCACAAUA